CCAUCGAGCUCACCGAUAUAAAAGCCAAUCCACAAAUCAAAGCACAGUCAUUAGUUGUAAGCUACUUGAUUGAAACUAAAUAGAUAAUCGUGCGCGCGAUCAAUACGAUGGAUACGUAUUUUGCAUAUUUUAUUUUAUUCGCCACAAUAGCCGGCACCUUUUGUGUUGAGCCAAUUAAUGUGGAAGCAAAUACUCAACAAACAAUCAAAGAAGCUCAACCGGAGAAACGUUCAAUUGGUUUAAGUUCAUUGAAUGAUUGCGAUGGACCAUAUGGUGCUGUUGGUUUGCACGGUGGAUUGCAUAGCGGUGUUGCUGUUCAUAGUGAUUUGGCAUUAGGACUGCAUGGCGGCGCAUAUGCACCCAGUUAUUCAGGUGGUUAUUCAGGUGGUUAUUCAAGCGGUUAUUUGGCAUCGAGUGGAAUUCUUUCACAUGGAGGCAUUGGUCAUCUUGGUACGUUGGGAGCUGUUGUCGGCUCAUCACCAGUUCUUUCCGGAUACGCACAACAUGCACCAAUUUUAGCCUCUUCUGUUGUAUCGCAUGCACCCGUUUUGGCUGCUGCACCAACUGCCAUUGCCAUAGCACCAUCAGUAACCAAGGUUGUAACUCAACAAGUGCCCGUACCCGUCCCAGUUGAUCGGCCCUAUCCAGUUUUAAAACCAGUGCCCGUAGCCGUGCCAGUUGAUCGGCCGGUUGUCGUACCAAAGCCGGUGGCAGUACCUCAUCCAGUACCUUAUCCUGUACAUCACGUUGUCACAAAAAAAGUUACAGUUCCAUAUCCGGUGAUUGUUCCAUCACCAUCGGUUUCGUAUUCCGCACCAGAAGUGGUCGGUCAUGGAUUGUAUAGCCAUGGUUUGUAUGGAUCUUCGUAUGGAUCGUACGGAUCAUUUGGGUCAUCUUCUUAUGGAUCAUCUUCUUAUGCAUCACCAUGGUAUCCAUCUUCUUCUGGUAUAAAGGUAAUUUCUCCAUCAUAUAAAUCGUACUAUGGUGGUUAUGGUGGUCAUUACGGAGGAAGUGGAAGCUAUCAUGGUGGAAUAAGUAUUCAUGGCGGUGGUUUAGGCCUUAGUAUAGGCUCAAAGUAUGGAUCGCCGCUUAAAUUCGGUUUGAAAUACGGACAUUGGAAGAAAUAAGGGCGAACUGUUUUCAACUGAGCAAGACAUACUUAACUAUUUUUUUGUUCUUUAUUAUAUUUUGUGCCGCAGAAUCAAUGUUUGCCAUUAAUUUGUAAUAUGUUCAAUUUCGAUUUUUAUCCACAAAAGUCCGAAAUAAUAAAUAAAUAAAUUCUAUUUAUG